ACGAUCCACAAGAUAACUGCUUUACCAAAUAAAUUAAAUUUUGGUUCGGUUCAAGUAUCCGCUAUUCAAUGGGUAAAGUCAUCACUGGGCCGGGUCAUGGUGGGAAAGAGUCCAUGGGCUACCUGAAAUAACCAUAGGGUUUUCUACUUUUUUUUUUCUUUCUCAGCAUCUUUUCCUCACCUGCGAUCCUUCGCCAUUUCUCCAGCGUAUCCCUCAGAAAUCAAUCCUUUAUUCCGCUUCUACCAACACUUUGGUGUUUCUUUAUACUUGAGUGAGCCAUGGGGAGAAAGGCUGGAAAUUUGUACAUAAACCCGAAAAAGCUCGGUGGUAUAGCGAAACCAUGUAUGAAGGAGAUGGUGACGUUCCUCAACUGCAUGGCUCUCAACAAAUGCAAAGAUGAUAACUGCGAGAAACAGAAGAACCUCCUGAGCGUUUGUAUGAACGGACAUGCGGAGAAGUCCAAGUCGUGGGGAAACAUCAAUUACCAUUUGCAGAGGCUAACCCGCGGAAGAAAGUGAUGUGGCAUAUGGAUCUUGUUCUAUCCAUAGACUGAUGGGUCAAAUGGUAGUUAUAAUUAUCUUAUUGAUUUCUAAGUUUGUCUCCCUGUGCUUUUUUGGGUAUUCCAUAUUUAUAAGUUGCUGGCAUUUAGAAGAAGAAGAAACUUUGGACAUAUUGUUCACCUGAGGAGAAAGGAUUUGGUCUCUCUUUUUUUUGCAAUAAACAUGUCUUCCGUGUCAAGUCAGAGAGGUCCAUGAGUCUUAGUGUUCUCUAGAAACAUAAACUACAUCUAUGAAUCAAACCAUGAGUUUUAAGUUU